CGAUGCGCUCGCCUGGGGCCGCGCCCGCGCGCCGCUGAGCCGCGCCGGCCCCCCCCGAGCCCACCCGAGCCCCUCCGAACCCACCCGAACCCGCCCGAGCCCCUCCGAACCCCUCCGAGCGCCGCCGAACCCCUCCGAGCGCCGCCGAGCGCCUCCGAACCCGCCCGAGCGCCGCCGAACCGGGCCCGGCCGCCGCCGCCGCCGCCGCCGCUGCCGGCGAUGGUGGCGGCGCCGCCCGCCGCGGCCGCGGCCAUGCGCCGGGGCUUCCUGGUGCCCGAGAUCCGCCCGCUGGACCAGUACGACGGGGCGCGGGCGCGCAGCGCCGCCAGCCUCGCCUGGGCCAUCGCCACCGGCUACGGCGGCGCGGGCAACGUGCCCGAGGAGCUGCGCGACCCCUUCUACACGGACCAGUACGAGCAGGAGCACAUCAAGCCGCCCGUCACCCGGCUUCUGGUGGCCUCCGACAUCUACUGCCGGGCCUGGCGCCACGCGCUGGGCCCCCCCGAGCCCCCCCCCGCCGACAACGGGGCCCUGCUGGCGCUGCUGGCCCGCCGCGGGGUGCCCCCCACCUUCCAGGACGCCCCCGUCCGCGAGGCCGACCUCCACCACAAGCCCAUCAAGAUGGUGGGGAGCUCGGGGGGGGGCACUGGGAGCGCUGGGGAGGCAGUGGACGUGUGCCUCAAGGAGACGAUGUCGGUGGCGGACAGCCUGUACAACCUGCAGCUGGUGCAGGACUUCUGCGCCCCACUGGGCACCCGCUGUCCCCUGGCCCUCGAGGACCUGCUCUACAUGCCCCCCGCCCUCAAGGUGAUCAACGUGGGGGUCUUCCUCGCCGAGCUCUUCCUCUGCUUCGAGGUGCUGCGGCCGGCCUUCGUGCGCCCCAAGGACCUGGGGGGGCUCCGAGAGACGCCAGGCACCGGCGAUGCCCCGACCCCCAACAGCAGCAGCUCCCCCGUGUUCAACUUCCGGCACCCGCUGCUGCCGGGGGGGCAGCCCCCCCCCUCGCUGCGGGGACCCCCAGGCACCCUGCACCCGUCGCCCUCCCUGCCCCACGUCGAGGGCGCCUUCGGCAAGGCCUGGAGCAAGAAGCCGCUGAGCCACCCGCUCUCGCAGGCCGUCUCCUUCAGCAUCCCCUUCGGGCUCGACAGCGACGUCGACAUCGUCAUGGGCAACCCCCUGGGCGCCGGCCUGGCCCGCUCGGCCAGCAGCGACAGCCUGGCCCCCCCCCGGCGCCGGCCCGGCCCCCCCGCGCCCCCCGCCGCCCCCCCCGCCGCCUCGCCGGAGCUGCCCACCAUCGAGGAGGCCCUGCAGAUCAUCCACAGCUCCGAGCGGCUGCUGCCCGACGGUGCCCCCGACGCCUUCUACCUCCACUCGCCCGAGCCCCCCGGCCCCCCGGGGCCCCCAAGAGCCUCGCCGAGCCCCCCCGGCCCCGCCACGGGCCCCCCAACGGCGACGAGCUGGGGGCCGCCGAGCUGGGGGCCGCCACCGCUGAGCCAGGGGCCACCGCCAAGCCAGGGGCCACCAUGGAGCUGGGUGCCACCACCACUGAGCCAGGUGCCACCACUGAGCCGUGUCCCACCACCACCCAUCCAGGUGCCACCACCACGCAGCCGGGUGCCACCACCGCCGAGCCGGGCCAGCACCGCCGAGCCGGGUGCCGCCGCCGCGGAGGCCGGCGUGCGGAUGACCAGCUUCGCCGAGCGCAAGAAGAAGCUGGAGGAGGCGGCGGGCGGCGCGCCCAAGGGUGCCGGCGAGGGUGCCGAGGCGGCCGACGGCGGCCCCGGGCGCAGCCCGGCCCUGGCCUCGGAGAUGAGCCAGCUGGGCGCCCGCUUGGAGGAGAAGCGUCGGGCCAUCGAGGCGCAGAAGAAGCGCAUCGAGGCCAUCUUCGCCAAGCACCGCCAACGCCUGGGCAAGAGCGCCUUCCUGCAGCUCAAGCGCCCCGAGGGCGCCCGCCUGGAGGAAGAGGAGGAGGAGGAAGAGGAGGAGGAGGGCGGCGGCGGCGGGAGGAAGCAGGUCACCUUCUCGCCCGAGGUGGCCAAAGGGCUGGAGGCCGAGCUGGGCGGCUACAACGAGGCGGUGGCCAAGCUCAACACGGCGCUCAGCACCUUGCAGCUCGACAUGCAGCGCCUGAGCCGGCAGCAGGAGCUGCUGCUGCAGGAGCAACGUCCCCCCGCGGCCACCACCGCGGCCACCACCGCGGCCACCACCACGGCCACCACCGCGGCCACCACCGCGGCCACCACCGCCACCGCCCAAGCGUGGGUCAUCCCGGCGCCCAAGCCGCCCCGCGCCGGCCCGCCGCGCCCGCCGCCCUCGCCCAAGCCGCCGGCCGCCCCCCGCUCGCCGCAGCCCGGGGGGCGCAGGACGCCGGGGCCCCCCGCCGCCGCCGCCGCCGCCGCCGUGACCCCCCGCAGCCCCCGGCGCCCGGCCGAGCUGCGCCUGCCGCCCCUGACGCGGGUGCUGACGCCGCCGCACGACGUCGACACCCUGCCCCACCUGCGCAAGUUCUCGCCCAGCCGGGUGCCCGUGCAGACCCGCUCCUCCAUCCACUUCGAGGAGGAGGAGGAGGAGGAGGAGGAGGAGGAGGAGGAGGAAGAGGAGGAAGGUGGCGGCGGAGCCCCGCGGCUGGAAGCCGGCGGCAACCUGCGGCCCGGCGGCACCCGGGUGUCGGGCGACGGCACCAGCGACGCCUCCUCGCCGGGCGAGCGCCGCGCCAGCCUGGCAGAGGGGCCACCGGGCGCCCGGCGGGCCCAGGAGCACGAGGGCGAGGGCGACUCGCUGGAGGGGUCCCCCACCGAGGACGCCGAGCCCCGCGCCAGCCUCGGCUUCUUCUUCAAGGCGGAGGAGAAGGCCGAGGCGGCCAUGGCGCAGAAGCGGGCCAGCCUGCUGCAGCGGCAGCAGCGGCGCAGCGAGGAGGCCCGUCAGCGGGCCAGGGCGGCGGAGGAGGAGGAGGAGGAGGAUGGCCGCCGCGGGGCCUUCACGCGCCGCGAGUACGAGCGGCGGCAGCAGCUCAAGCUCAUGGCCGACCUGGAGAAGGUGCUGCGGCAGCGCGCCCCCCCCGCCCGCGCCCCCCCCCGCCGCCCCCGGCCCCGCAGCGGCUGCUGCGACGACUCCGCCCUGGCGCGCGGCCCCGCCAGGGGGCUUCUGGGCGCCAGGCUCAGCAAGGUCUACUCCCAGUCCACCCUGGCGCUGGCCUCCGUGGCCGCCGAGCCCGGCAGCACCCCCGCCGCGGGGCGGCCCCCCAGCCGGGCAGCGUCACCCUCGGGACCCGGCUCCCCCGGGCGCCCCCCCCCCGGGCGCGACUGGGACAACGGCUCCAGUGCCUCGUCGCCCGCCUCCGCCCCCGAGUACACGGGCCCCCGGCUGUACAGGGAGCCCAGCGCCAAGUCCAACAAGCACAUCAUCCACAACGCCCUGGCCCACUGCUGCCUCGCCGGGCGCGUCAACGAGCCCCAGAAGAACCGCAUCCUCGAGGAGGUGGAGAAGAGCAAGGCCAACCACUUCCUCAUCCUCUUCCGCGACGGGAGCUGCCAGUUCCGGGCGCUCUACACGCUGGGCGGGGACCCGCCGGAGCUGAGCCGCCUGGCCGGCGUCGGCCCCCGCACCGUCGCCCUGCCCAUGGUCGAGGGCAUCUACAAGUACAACUCGGACCGCAAGCGCUUCACCCAGAUCCCCGCCAAGACCAUGUCCAUGAGCGUCGACGCCUUCACCAUCCAGGGCCACCUCUGGCAGCCCAAGAAGCCCGGCACCCCCAAGAAGCCCGGCACCCCCAAGUAGCGCCCGCCCCGCCGUCGUCGCCCGAGAGCCUGGGGGGGGUGGGGUGGGGGGGGUUCAUGGGGUGGGUGCCCCCCACCCCAGAUCGCUGAGGUGCCUCCUAAUGAGGUGGGUGCUCUGAGGUGGGCUGGUGUCUUGGGGAGUUGGGGGGCCUCGAGGUGGCUGGGUGCUGCGUGGGUGGGCCAGGGCGCUCGAAAGAGGUGGGUGCUCCCCGAAAUAGGUGGGUGCUCCUGAAAUAGGUGGGUGCUCCUCAAAUAGGCGGGUGCUCCCCACGUAGGUGGGUGCUCUUCAAAUAGGGGGGUGCUCCCCACGUAGGUGGGUGCUCACCAAAUAGGUGGGUGCUCUUCAAAUAGGGGGGGGUGCUCCCCACGUAGGUGGGUGCUCCUCAAAUAGGCGGGUGCUCCCCACAUAGGUGGGUGCUCCUCAAAUAGGGGGGUGCUCCCCAUGUAGGUGGGUGCUCACCAAAUAGGUGGGUGCUCCUCAAAUACGUGGGUGCUCCCCACAUAGGUGGGUGCUCCUCAAAUAGGGGGGUGCUCCCCAUGUAGGUGGGUGCUCCCCAUGUAGGUGGGUGCUCCCAAAUGGAUUGGUGGCCCCCCAACCCCCCCAAAUGGCCAGGUGCUCCCCAGAAUAGGUGGGUGCUCCCCAAAAUAGGUGGGUGCUCCAAAAGUGGUUGAUGUUCCUCUCCCCCAGAAAAGGUCCAAGUGCCCCCCAAAAUAGGUGGGUGCUCUCGAAAUAGGUGGGUGCUCCCAAAAUAGGUGGGUGCCCCCCCACCCCCCCAAAUGGCCUGGUGUCCCCCAAAAUGGUCAGGUGCUCCCCAAAAUAGGUGGGUGCUCCAAAAUUGGUUGAUGUUCUUCUCCCCCAGAAAAGAUCCAAGUGGCCCCCAAAAUAGGUGGGUGCUCCCGAAAUAGGUGGGUGCUCUCGAAGGAGGUGGGUGCUCCUGAAAGGGGGGGUGCUCCCGAAAUAGGUGGGUGCCCCCCACCCCCCCCAAAUGGCCAGGUGCCCCCCCAAAAUGGUCAGGUGCUCCCGAAAUAAGGUGCUCCGAAACUGUCCGGUGUCCUCAAAACAGUUGGGUGUCCCCAAAAUGGCCGGGUGCCACCAAACUUGUCUAGUGUCCCCCCCCCCCCAAAAUGGGUGCUUCAAGAUUGUCCGGUGUCCCCAAAAUCACUGGGUGCCCCCAAAAUAGCACCCACAACUGGCCGGGGGGGGGGGGACACCGGGGCUGAUCCCCCAAGCCCAUGGCUUGUCCCCUUCUGUGGCCACUGUGUCCCCGAUGGUUGGGGACAUGGUGGCACCACCUGGGGGGGGACAUGGGGGUGGCUCCCCCCAGCCUGCGCCGUGGUCCCCUGAGGUUUGGGGACAGGGUGACACGGCUGGAGGGGACGAAGGGGACAUGGAGCCACCAGGGCUGGCCCUGAACCCUCGUGUCCCCCAUGGUGGCACAACUGGAGGGGACAAAGGGGACACGGAGCCACCAGGGCCGUCCCCAAGCCCAUGUCCCCCUCUGUGCCCAGGUGAUGCCACCCCUUGCAGCCACCCAAGGUUUGGGGACAGGGUGACACAGCUGGAGGGGACACAGAGCCACCGCAGCCGUCCCUUAGCCCCCCCCCCCGUGUCCCCCCCCCGCCACCACCCCCUUGGGGACCAGCCAGAGGUGACAGAGAGGGACCAGAGCCACCACGUCCCCCCCCAAACCCCAGCGGGGACCCGGGUGACACAGAGCCACCGGGGGGGGGGGCGGAGUGUCCCCAAUGUCCCCAACCGGUGCCAAACUGCCAAAGCCCCAACUGAGCUAUUGGGGGGGGGGGGUCCCGGUGUCCCCCCCCCCGGGUGUGUCCCCCCCCCCGGUGUCCCCAAUGCUGCUGGCUGCGGCCACCGCGAAUGUCGUGCCACCGGCACAGCCUGUCCAUAUAUACAUACGGGGGGGGGGGGGGGCUGUAUAUAGGGGCCGGGG